CAGGCCAGGCCGGGGCUCGGCUCAGGGGCCCUCUCCGGUCCCGCAGCUGUGCGAGCCGGCGGAACUACCCGCCACGGGCUGCCCGGGGCCCGCCGGAUACCGGGAUCUAACGGGCCAUUGGCCAGGCUGGGCCGGGAUGCGCCGCGCCCCCUGGGCUGAGUGACCCCAGCUGCCCCAGGGUCAGACGGGCUGGGUCGCUUCACAAUUGCCCGGGUCUGUUCGCUUCCUCCGAGGCAUCCGGCCCUGCCCCGUUGGAAGCCAGGACCCGGGGCUGGCAGGCUGGUUGGGCUGCCCCCGUGCGCCUGUCCUGACGGGCGGGAGCCCUGUCAGGGGUCACCGGAGAGGACCGGCCGGCUGUACUGCCAUUCUGUGUGGGCCCUGCCGAACAAAGCUGACCACAGGAGCAGCUCUCAAAGACUGUUAACUCAAGUUUCCUUCCUGUGCUUCUAUGGCACUCUGCUAAACUGCAGAAGUAUAUGUCAUCCAACACUCUGGAGCCAGUACCAAUGGCUAUGCUAAUCUGGAGGAAAUAAGGAGGAGGGAGCCACAGAAUAAGAACAAAACCAAGAAAGCCCAACAGUUAGAAGCAAAGAGGAGAAGGACAGAGAGUGCUGAGCCCCUCUCCCCAUGUCUGGAUGGAGCACACUUUAAAGUGAAAUGACAGACCAAGAGAAUAACAACAGCAUCUCAAGUAACCCUUUUGCAGCCCUCUUCAGCUCCCUAGCUGACGCCAAGCAGUUUGCAGCGAUCCAAAAACAGCAGCUGAGGCAGCUCACUGCAGAUGAAACUUCAGCCAGCCAAGAUGACUCAGAUAACAGUGUAUCAGAGAGUCUGGAUGACUGCGACUAUUCUGUGGCUGAGAUCAGCCGCUCUUUCCGCUCCCAGCAGGAGCUGUGUGAACAGCUCAACAUCAAUCACAUGAUCCAGAGGAUCUUCCUCAUCACCCUCGAUAACAGUGAUCCCAGUAUGAAGAGCGGCAAUGGAAUUCCUGCUCGCUGUGUGUACCUGGAGGAAAUGGCUGCAGAACUGGAUGAACAAGACUGGCUUGACAUGGAAAACAUUGAACAGGCACUCUUCACCCGCUUGUUGCUCCAGGAACCAGGAAAUCACCUGAUUUACAUGACCUGUGUCAGCACACAGAAUCUUUCAGCAGAUAGAGAUGCAGGAGAGAAACAGAUUCUUCGCUACUUAUAUGCCUGUUUCCAGAGAGCAAAGGAAGAGAUAACCAAAGUGCCAGAGAACCUGCUGCCAUUUGCAGUUCGCUGCAGGAAUCUGACUGUGUCGAACACUCGCACUGUUCUUCUCACCUCAGAGAUCUAUGUCAACCAGAAUGUCUAUGAGCAGCUGGUGGACCUGCUGCUGGAGGCACUGAGAGGAGCACACUUUGAAGAUGUGACUGAGUUUCUUGAGGAGGUCAUAGAAGCCUUGACGAUGGAUGAGGAAGUACGGACGUUUGGGGAGGUCAUGAUUCCUGUGUUUGAUAUUCUGUUGGGUAGAAUCAAAGACCUGGAUCUUUGUCAGAUCCUGCUGUACACAUAUCUGGAUAUGCUCCUCUAUUUCACCAGACAGAAAGAUAUAGCACAGGUUUUUGUAGACUACAUUCAACCAAAGGACCCCACCAAUGGGCAGAUGUAUCAGAAGACCCUGCUAGGAGUCAUCUUGAGCAUCUCCUGCUUGCUAAAGACCCCAGGCGUAGUGGAGAACCAUGGAUACUUUCUGAAUCCAUCCCGAUCCAGUCCACAAGAGAUCAAAGUGCAGGAGUCCAACAUUCAUCAGUUUAUGGCCCAGUUCCAUGAGAAAAUCUACCAGAUGCUGAAGAACCUGUUACAGCUGUCUCCAGAGACCAAACACAGGAUUCUGUCCUGGCUUGGAAACUGUCUCCAUGCCAAUGCAGGCCGUACCAAAAUCUGGGCUAACCAGAUGCCAGAGAUCUUCUUCCAGAUGUAUGCCUCGGAUGCCUUCUUUCUGAAUCUAGGAGCUGCCCUCCUGAAACUGUGCCAGCCAUUCUGUAAACCCAGAUCUCCUAGGCUUCUCACCUUCGAUCCCACCUACUGUGCCCUGAAAGAGCUGAAUGAAGAGGAGAGGAGAAGUAAGAACGUGCAUAUGAAAGGCUUGGAAAAAGAAACAUGUUUGAUUCCAGCUGUGACUGAGAAGGAGCCAGAGUUUGCCCACAGCUACAAUCUGGUGACCGAGAAUUUAGUCCUGACACAAUACACCCUCCAUUUAGGAUUUCACAGGUUGCAUGAUCAGAUGGUAAAGAUAAACCAAAGCCUUCACCGGCUGCAAGUAGCCUGGCGAGAGGCUCAACAAAGUUCCAGCCCUGCAACAGACAGUCUGCGGGAGCAGUUUGAACGCCUGAUGACUGUCUAUCUCUCCACCAAAACAUCAGUGACUGAGCCACAGAUGCUACAGAACUGCUUGAAUUUGCAGGUGUCCAUGGCAGUUCUCCUGGUCCAGCUGGCUAUAGGAAACCAAGGGACUGAGCCUAUAGACCUGACAUUCCCUUUGCCCGAGGUGGAGCACAGUGCACUGGCUUACGUACCAGAAUUCUUUGCUGAUAAUUUGGGUGAUUUCUUCAUUUUCCUGCGGCGUUUUGCUGAUGACAUCUUGGAGACUUCUGCAGACUCUCUGGAGCAUGUCUUUCACUUUGUUACUGUUUUCACGGGUGAUGUAGAGAGGAUGAAGAAUCCUCACCUGCGAGCCAAGCUGGCAGAAGUGUUGGAAGCAGUGAUGCCUCACUUAGAUCAGGUCCAGAACCCACUUGUCUCCAGCAUGUUCCAUCGCGAGCGAGUGUUCUGCUCCUACCGCUACGCUGCCCAUCUUGCAGAGGCACUCAUCAAGGUCUUUGUGGAUAUUGAGUUUACAGGGGAUCCACAUCAGUUUGAGCAGAAGUUUAACUAUCGUCGACCCAUGUAUCCCAUUCUCAGGUACAUGUGGGGGACAGAGUCAUACCGGCAAAGUAUAAAGGGUCUGGCUGAUUAUGCCUCAGAAAACCUAGAGGCAAUGAACCCUCCUCUCUUCCUACGCUUCCUUAACUUGCUCAUGAACGAUGCCAUUUUCCUGUUGGAUGAAGCCAUACAGUACCUCAGUAAAAUAAAAGUUCAGCAGAUAGAGAAGGACCGUGGUGAGUGGGACAACCUGUCCCAGGAGGCUCGUCGGGAGAAGGAGUCCAGUCUGCAAAUGUUUGGUCAGCUGGCUCGCUUCCACAACAUCAUGUCCAAUGAAACCAUCGGAACCCUGGCCUUUCUGACCUCGGAGAUUAAGUCCCUGUUUGUGCACCCUUUCCUUGCUGAGCGCAUCAUCUCCAUGCUGAACUACUUUCUGCAGCACCUGGUUGGUCCUAAAAUGGGAGCAUUAAAAGUCAAGGAUUUCAGCGAGUUUGACUUCAAACCUCAGCAGCUCGUUUCUGACAUCUGCAACAUCUACUUAAACCUUGGCGAUGAAGAGAAUUUCUGUGCCACGGUGCCCAAGGAUGGGCGCUCCUAUUCGCCGACACUGUUUGCUCAGACAGUCAGAGUCCUAAAGAAAAUCAAUAAGCCUGGCAACAUGAUAGUGGCUUUCAGUAACCUGGCUGAGCGGAUCAAGUCUCUUGCAGACCGACAGCAGCAGGAAGAGGAGACCUAUGCAGAUGCAUGUGAUGAAUUCCUUGAUCCUAUCAUGAGCACUUUAAUGUCUGACCCUGUGAUGCUGCCAUCUUCCCGAGUCACCGUGGAUAGGUCAACUAUAGCCAGGCAUCUUCUCAGUGACCAGACAGAUCCUUUUAAUCGGAGCCCCCUCACUAUGGACCAGAUCAGACCAAACAUAGAACUGAAAGAGAAGAUCCAGCAGUGGCUUGCAGAGAGGAAAAAGCAGAAGGAACAGCUGGAGGACACACUGAAAUGAACAAAUGAAAAAACAUCCUGACACAAGUGAACAAUAAUUUGUUUGUAAGAGAGUGAAAUCCCCUUGCAGAGAUGAUGGCUGGUGCUCCAGAGAACCUGUGAAUCAGCGCUACCAUAUGCUCUGUACCCGAGAUUGCAUUUAGUGCAUUGCCACUAGACCUGGAGCCUCUUACUUAGGCCCUUCCUUUUAUCCUCUUCUAUUUUUUGUUUCCAUUAAGAUGUCUCAAUAAUAUCAGAAACCUCAACUGCACUACAGCUUCUCAGCCCACGAAUCCUAAGUCCCUUCUUGCUCUGUUGGCCACUGGUUAAUUUUCUUGUGUUGUUUGUUCUUCACAGUGUUCACUGUUUCUAAUGACUGUCAUGUCACACAUCUCAGUGGCUGUCAGCCACCACCAAAAAACUCUUCCUUGUGACUGAAGUUUUCUCUCUCUUACUGCUGCUUUGGCUCCAGACUUGUUUAAACUAUGUAAUGUUCUAUCAUAUGAUGUUUAAUGUGAAAAGAAAUGCCUUUGUCCACAGCAGCUCUUAAAUUUGAGGCUUGCGAGGAUGGAAGAGGUUCUCUUAUGCAAUUUUGUCUGUAAAUAUUGGUUGUGUACAAGGGUUCGUGUUCAGCAUGGUACAUUGCAAUGGGGCAGCACUGAAAUCAAAACAUUUAGAAGAUCGUAUAGAAGUUGGAUGUGAAUCUCUUAGGGAUAGUUGGACGAUUUAGCCGUUGCUAUAACAAAACUCUCACUGGGACUAGGGAGGUCAUGCUGGAAAAACAUGAUACUGGUUUUAGAAAAGCCUCUCACUUGACUGUUGGGGACAGCUAAUGAUCUGUUACCUGAUGUUUUGCUUAAGGGGCAACCAUGCAGGAACUCGACAUAUCCAGACACACAGGACAAGCUGUUCUCUAAUCGGGGUUUGUUGAGUCUCCACAUUUAAAUUAACCUUAAUUAGUAAUGACCAUCUGCUAGGUUUGAGAGCCUGUUGGAAACGGCACUGUGCAUAGACUGUGUACAUAUUCAUACAGGUACACUAUAAAUCCUGCCUACAUUUAUACUGUACUUUGUGCAUGUUAAUAUGUAUCCAGUGUGUAUAUAUACUUAGACACGUGCUUUAUCAAUAAAAAUGUCAGGCUUCAAGUUUCUUUGAAGUGGA